AUGCUAUAUUAUAAAGAUUUGAUCUUAGAAGAAAAUGAGGAUAAAAGAUUUAAAGAUUCAUCAAAGUUGAUAUGGUGGAGAAUUAUAAAUGGAUCAGAUUUUGAUAUAACAAGAGAAUAUCUUUCAGAAGAGGAUUUUUUAGAAUUACAAGAGGUUUUAGCUAAUACACUUGAAUUAGGAACUACAAAAAAUGAUUAG